AUGGUCUCCAAGCUCUUGACCCUGCUGUCCGCCGCCCCCGUGGCAUACGGAGCAGCCCUCGCCGCGACUAACACCAACCUGCAGACAGCAUUCCCUGCCUCAUCUGGCACGACUGCCCUGGCUGCCGUCAAGACCAUCGCCGCCAGCAAGAGCUUCGACGGAGGCAUGAUCCAGUGGGACCGCAACCCGUCGACAUGCAACGACCAGGCUGAGGGCGGCGAUGCUGACGCGGUGUUCCUCCUCGAGGAGGGCGCCGUUCUGAGCAACGUGAUCAUUGGACCUAACAACGGCGAGGGGGUCCAUUGCAAGGGAACUUGCACCCUGAACAACGUCUGGUGGACCGACGUCUGCGAGGACGCGGCGACGUUCAAGCAGACCUCGGGCACGUCGUACGUCAACGGCGGCGGCGCCCGCGGCGCCGAGGACAAGGUGCUGCAGCACAACGGCGGGGGCACGGUGGCGGUCAAGAACUUCUGGGCGAGCAACAUCAGCAAGCUGUACCGGUCGUGCGGCAACUGCGAUAAGCAGUAUGCUCGCAAGUCCACCUUCAACAACAUCAAGGUCUCCAGCGGCAAGGUCGUCGCGGGCGUCAACGUCAACUACGGCGACGCCACCACCAUCUCCAACUCGUGCGUCAACGGCGGCGCCCUGUGCUGGCUGUACCAGGGCAACUCCAACGGCAACGAGCCCACCAAGGUCGGCUCCGCGCCUAGCGGGACUGCCUGCGCGACUUCUGCUGUCAAGACUGCCUCGUGCUAG